CAGGCUACGUGUAGCUUGGCUUAGCUGCUUAGCAUUAGCAAAACAGAGCUAAGCGAAGGCGCAACAAGCUCCUUGGGCACCAAAUAAGUGCUUUAUCUUUGUUGUUUUGGUGGGAUUAAAACAGUUCGAGCGUAUUUUCGUGUUGUUUGGCUUGUAUUGACAGAGAAAACACAGUGAGGAACACGGGGAUGGCGUGGUGGUGCGGGCAGCCAGCAGUGCGUGUCUGGAGAUGGUUCUAACAGACCACGCUUCACAGGGCUCAAGAACACUGAAACAUCCCAAUUUUUAUAUCAAACUUUUCUACACCGACACAGACAUUUUAAAUUCUCUAUUUGAACUUUGAAACCUCUCCUCCGGCCCCCCUCUCCACCGCCACCAUGCCGAGCACAUUCCGCCGCCAGAUCAAGAACACGGUGAACAACUAUUCCACCGUGGAGCGCAAAGUCCGCGAGGCCACGUCCAACGACCCAUGGGGCCCCUCGUCGUCCCUCAUGUCCGAGAUCGCCGAUGCCACCUACAAUGUCCAGAUCUUCGGCGAGAUUAUGGGCAUGAUCUGGCGACGCCUUAACGACCACGGCAAGAACUGGAGGCACGUGUACAAGGCACUGACGCUGCUGGACUACCUGAUCAAGACGGGCUCGGAGCGCGUGGUGGUGCAGUGCAAGGAGAACAUCUUCGCCAUCCAGACGCUCAAGGACUUCCAGUACAUUGACAAGGAUGGAAAGGACCAGGGCAUCAACGUGAGGGAGAAAAGCAAGCAACUGGUAGUGCUUCUGAAGGACGAGGAGCGGCUCAAAGCAGAGAGAUCUCAAGCACUGAAGACCAAAGAGCGAAUGGCCCAGGUGUCUACGGGCAGCGGCAUGGGCUUUGGCCGCGGCUCCUCUCAGCCCAACCUGGCGACUUACAGCGAGGAGUACGGCCGCUCCGAGGGCUCGCCGGCUUCAUACCACGGCUCAACUUCUCCAAACCUGGGUUCGGAGCUGGAGCAGGCCCGGCCUCAGACCAGUGGAGAGGAGCAGCUACAGAUCCAGCUGGCUCUGGCCAUGAGCAGAGAGGCCGCAGAACAGGAAGAGCGCCUACGCAGGGGGGAUGACUUAAGACUACAGAUGGCCUUGGAGGAGAGCAAGAAAGAGGGGCCAGGCUCAGCAAAACUACCCAAGAAAAAGAAGGAGCCUCAGUCGUCUCUGAUGGAUCUGAUGGACGUCCCCGAGCCCAGUGCCAGUGCUGACCCCUGGGGCUCCGGGGCAGGGGCCGCGGCCGCUUCAGCUGACCCCUGGCAUCCCUAUGGCUCUGUCCCUAAACCCAACACCUCAGUGGACCCAUGGGGGGCUGUGGCUUCUGUUCCCCCAGCGAAGAGCACCGAUCCCUGGGCACCAAGCUCCGCCCCUGCUCCCUCUGACCCGUGGGGCUCUGCAGCGGCCCGGCCCAAGACGUCCAACACAGGAAGCUUUGACCUGUUCAGUACAACCAAUGGUACGUCUAAAGAGGACUUCUCAGAGUUUGACAGUCUGCGCUCCUCCUCCUCUGUCCCCACUGGUAAUGGCGGUAUAGCAUCAUCAGUGCCUUCUCAGGGCAGUCUGGUGAGCAGCGGCAGCCUGGACAUCUUUGACCCUCUGCCCACCUCCACCUCUCUAAACCCCACCAGGAAGACCCCUGAGUCCUUCCUGGGGCCCAAUGCGGCCCUAGUCAAUCUGGACUCUCUGGUGUCCAAACCAGCCCAGCCUGCUCCCGUGAUCAACCCUUUUCUGGCAUCAGCAGGUGCUGCAGCUCCACCUCCCGCUGCCAACCCGUUCCAGGUCAGCCAGCCAGCCCCUCCCACUCUGAACCAGAUGCGUCUGAGUCCCAUGCCAUCGGGCUUUGGGACUAUGGGGGAGCCCAUGACUCUGACCGCUGCGCCGGCUCAGCCCAUCGCUGUGGUCCCCCUCCCGGGCAUGACCCCCAUGGGCCGCGCGGUGCCUGGGAUGAGUAUGGGCCAGGUGGGAGGGUCCACCAGUGUGGGCAUGAGCGCAGGAAUCCCAGCCUCCAUGUCCAUGCCCCAGCCUCUGAUGAGCAUGCCCCCCCAGGCAGGCACCCAGCCCGCCGGGACCACCAACCCCUUCCUUUUGUGAGGACACUUCCAACUAAGCUUCACCAUGUACAAGGAGAUGUCUAAUCCCAUGUAUCCCUUUAUAACUAACAAGCCAGGUGGACACUAGCCAUGGCACUGUGUGUGUGCUCUUCUCUUUAAAGCUUCAUGCUGCCUACUCCUCUUGAUCAUGGACUUCCAGAGCUCUAGUGUUUACAGGUGUCUACAGACAGUCUCAUGCCCGACUGCUGCUCCUGUCUCUGGGACAGACCCUCAGACACACCCCCUCUGACACUGUGGCUCUUCAGUGGAGGACUCUGACACAGCUGACCACGUGUGGUUAUAUUUAGUGUUUUUACUGAGCAGGGAUGUUGCACAAAGUUUCCCCUCUUCUCUUCUGCGACUGUUGGGAUCACCGGUACACCUUAGCUGGGGUAGGGAGGCUAGCUUUUUUUCUUGGGAAAAUCUACAAUUUCAUGUCUAGGUACCGCAGUCACCACUCCUACUCACUCCAGGUAAACUCCAUGAACUUUGACCCUUAGAGGUCACUGGAUAAAUGAACACUGAAAUGCAUUCAAAUGUGUCUGUACGUGUCAUGUUCUGCUUAUGGUCAGUAACUAACCACUACCUUGUAUGUCACUACAUGUACCAGAGAGGACAAACUAAUCUCAAACAGUAUUCUCUUGUUUUGAAAAUCAUCAUUCUAUUUUUCGUUUUGUGUGUUGGGUCAAAGGGAUGCUUCAUGUUUCAGAUAUCCACCUUCUUCCCAAAGUUAGGAAUACUCAAAUUUCAAGCCUAAACAUUAAGCCUUAACUCUCCACGCGCAGCCAUAUUUGUGAGAUUUAAAGGGCAUGCCAGCCACUGCCACCGGAGUUCAGCUCGAAGUGGAUUUACUCGGGCUAAUCUAGUACAAGAACAUUAUCUCUCGGACAAACACAGCCACUCAACUGGUCUAAUGAUAGCACCAGGAAUCCCGCUGCGAUUCACGUAAACAGUAAUCUUUAUUUACUCCAAACACGUUCCAUUUAAAGUCCUACAAAAUCACACUUUUUUUUGGUUUAUUUUUAACAUUCUAGAUUUUUUUACCCUGUAAGUAUGUAGUAUUUUUUAGACAACUGUUACCAAAGUUAGAGCAAAAGUUCUAAACAGUAGGUUCACGCCUCACUGACAACCUUGUUUAUACUGUACUGUAGAUGCUAUCGGAUACUCAUUUAUUACUAAGAUUUUGUUUUUAUUUUACUUUUUGUAUAUCUCAAAUGUUAGCUAGCAGAAUAACACGGCUUAUACUGACAAAUACGUUUUCCUCUUGCUGCUCAAAUAUCUGUAAGAUGAGGAAUCGCUUUUGGUGUCUAACCCUUGAUUGUAUUUUAUCAUUGCCAAUCUUUUUAUGUAUCUAAUACCAUAACUCGGGUAGGCUUUUUUUUUACUUUCAGUGCGAGCUGGUGCACUCUGCUGGUUUGUUUUAGUAUUACAAGCUGUUCGCUGUUAAAACCCAGAUUGACAUUUUACUCAGGCAGAACUAGGCUUCAAUGGUUUGUCGAUUUGUUUGAAUGAGUUUUAAGUUAUGACAUUUACCUAUAGACCAGCGAACUAUGAAAUCUCAAAUAUGCAAAUUUGGAAACGGUGUGUGUGUUAAAAAAAAAAAAAAAAAAAAAAUGGGGGAAAAACAUGGGCGGACACCUUUAAUUGUAUGUUUCUAAUGUGUCAAAAAAUAGAAUAAGUAAUUGUAUACAGGACUUUUUAUGGGGCUAACUUUUAACGCGGUUAUAAUGUGGCCUGUAUGUAGUUAAUACCAAGAGACUAACAGACAUUCUUAACUGUGCGUGUCUAUAUAAACUUCACAUACUUUAAAGUGCACUGUGCAACUUUUCUGGCAGAGGGUCCGCCACUUUAUUGUCUCCAUGACGAUGCUACUGCUUUGCUUGGAAUAUUCUGUCACCAAAGCGUCGACUGUUUGUGAUUUUAUUGCUCAAAAAUACCUGAAAAGAUGCAUUCUCGCCCUCAGCGGGGUUGCCUUUCCACAGAUCUGACCUGUAACUUGGCCUUGCGGCGUCACCCGCUUCUCUCUUUGGAAGAAAAUUCCCGGCAAAGCGAAGGCGUCUCCAUGGAAACGAGCAACCGGCGAACCCUUUAUGAGAAAAGUUCCGUAGCACGCCUUGAAAUACUGAGGGGCAGGCUGCUUUUCUAUCCCAUAUUAUGCUAUACCCUCUGGCAUUAAAAGUGUAAUUUAUCUAUAAUUUAUCAUUUGUACUAUUGUAACAUACUGUUCCUCUGUAUACCUUUUAUUAUUUUGUGUAAUGGGGAUUUUGUAGGAAAAGUCACCGUGGUAUUUGACCGGCAUAAACAAAAAGCUGCAGGCCGCACUGUUGGACGUAGCAGGUUCAAAAAUAAAAUGUGUAUUAAGCUCUGUAAA